AUGGGACUCGUGAUGCCCGACCGCCAGCUUGCGCAGGUGGCCCUGCAGGCGGCAUUCGAGGCAUCAGAGAAGCAGAAGGUCAAGUUCAACGACGUUCUCCCCAUUGGCCCAACCUAUGACGUUUGCCUCUUCAUGUACCUGAUAGGCCUCCCGCAAUACAUCGACGUCUUGAUGGACCACGGUUGGGACACUAUGCACAGGCUGCUGAAGAUCCAGGAAUUUCACAAAGCUCUACAAGCAUUCCAGCCGGAGCAUGCCGAGCAGCUGAUGGCGUGUCUCAAAGACCCUGGCAAAGUUGCUGCAGCUCGACGAGGGGUGGAGGGCUUCACUCCGGUGUUCCUGAAUGUUUAUCAUUGCAGCUGGGACAAAGGCAUCAGGCGAUUGAACAAGGCACUAACGCCAUGUGUUGGUGGCAUAUACCACGCUGGUGUUGAGGUCAACAAUCUGGAAUGGGACUUUGGUUCUGGUGACGACAGGACUACGCCUGCCGUGCGAUGCAUCAACCCUCUGCAACAUCCGUGUCAUCGAUUUAGUCGAACUGUGCACUUGGGCUUCACGCGUCUCAGCCCAGAAGACGUCGCGGAUAUCGUAUCGCAGAUGCUUGAGGAGUAUCCGGGACCUGAUUAUGAUGUACUUUCCCGAAAUUGCUGUCACUUUGCAGACGACUUCUGCAGGAGGCUUGGCGUUGACGGCGUACCAGGUUGGGUGAGUCUGAACCUCUCUGCGGUCGGCCGAGUCCUUCUGACUGUCCUCGACAACCUUUGCAGUGUUUGGUAUCGCACGGCCGCAAGCUGGUGCAGUUGGAGCAGGCCCACUCAAAGUGGGACCAGCAACAUGGCCGCAUGCACACCCUCGAAGUCGGAGCAAGCCUGCAGGCUCGGGAAUGCACUGGCGACAAACUGA